UAAGCAAUCAACAACAUUUGAAUUUAUUGCUUUCAACACGUUUUGUGUGUAUCCCGUCUCUGAUGUAGUGACUAGUGAUGUCGACAGCCGUCAAACGUGGUCACAGUGACAAUCUGACCGAUGUUGCUCCGGCGGCCAAGAAAGCUCGGGAACCGGAAACCGCUGAACAGCGCGUUCUCGAAAUUAUCAAGAACUCCGGCAACAAAGGUGUAUCCGACGAGGAUCUUACCCGAGCAUGUCCUGUGUUAACAAUCGAAGAACGCGUAGACGUGGUCAACAAGUUGAUCACGUCCAACGCAAUCACAUUGCACAAGGUAAAAGACACUCUUAGGUACAAGUAUAAAGGGCCGACUACGUCUACACCAGGGGAUGCCAACACUGAGGAGCUGGUCGUGUUUAAUUUGAUACGUGAUUCGGGUAGAAAGGGCAUAUGGAUACGGGACGUACGCAUUAAAUCCAAUUUGGGUCUGCCACGACUCAAGAAGAUUCUCAAGUCACUGGAAACAAAAAAAGCCAUAAAAGCCGUCAAGUCAGUGGCCGCUAGCAGGAAAAUUGUAUACAUGUUAUUUGACUUGGAACCUGACAGUUCCAUUACAGGUGGUGCAUGGUACUCCAAUCAAGAAUUUGAGUCCGAAUUUAUUGAGAUACUCACUAAACACAGCUACAAGUUCUUGGAAGCAAAAAAGUCAAAAGCCUUAAAGAACACCACUAUACGCAGUCCAUUAGUUAAGUAUAACACGUCAUACGCUACUGCUGAUCGUGUAUUGGAGUUUAUAUCAAAAACUGGUAUUAGCAAAGUGAGACUCACCGUGGAGGAUAUAAUAUCCAUACUUGACCUAUUAGUGUAUGACGGUCUAGCUGCAAAACGUGUAAACUCUGAAGGAAAAAUAGAGUACCGUUCCACUAAAACUUUAUUGAACCGAAUUGCUGUGAGCUUUUUGCCUUGUGGUAGCUGUCCAGUCAUUAAACGAUGUUCCGAUGCUAAUCAAUUAAAUUGUUUAAACUGUAAGCAUAUGAAAAUUUGGACUACAAUUUGACUUGGUCAUAUUUAUUAUGUGUUAUGUAACCACCUAUGUAUUCAAUUAAAGUAUCUGUUAUUUAAUUUUAAAAUAA